UUUGAGGGGAGGGUUCGUAAAUUUUAUGCAGGUGCGGGCAAUGUCUUGGAUGAUUUCUGGCUUUAUUGGCAACGGAUGUUGUGUACCAAAAGCUUUGUACCAACGUGGAAAUACUUUUAUUUGCAGCAAUAAACGUUUUCAUUUGAGUAAUUACAAUCGUCGUAAAGUGUCGACAAUAAAGUGUCAGAAGGAAAACCGAGCACCAGAUGUUUCGGGAGGUUGGAGAGUAGAAGAGGAUGCUGACUAUUCACUGGCCCGUAUCUUUUCCGUUGGAGCUUGUGAUUCGGGAUAUGCAGUGCUUUUACAUCCCGUGUCGAAUCCUUUUCGCUUUCUAGCUGUCUUUGUAGGUGAAUUUGAGGCUCACGCUAUUGCGGAGGCGUCAUCCUCCUCGUUUUCUUCAAGACCCUUGACACACGAUUUUAUAAGCGUUACUUUAAAGUUGAUAGGUUCCUUUAUUUCAAAAGUAGCGAUUACCCAUUUGACCCAACGUGCCUUCUGUGCCCGUAUCUGGGUAUGGACUAUGGCAGGAUA